AUGGCGAUGAACUACACCCCCGAAUUCUACCGCGAAUGGAGAUUCUGGGACAAAUACAACGAUCCAAAUGCCCCAGACAAGAGCAAUGCCACGGUCAGAGAUGAAUACCUAAGGGAUCCUUUCGCGGCGCCGCCUCCGAAUAUUCGACAAGCUGCACCGAUUGCUGUUCCUCCAGCACCCGGUGCUAUCAUACCGCAAGCCAUCGUAGCCCCGACGCCUGCCGAACGAAACCUCUAUAUGGUCCCCGCGUUAGCCCCUCGAGGCAUCUCAGGAACUGGAACUCCUAAAUUGUGGAAGGGCACCAAGAUUCUCGGCACCGGAGCCUCUGGGAGUGUUAUUCUCUGGCAAUGGUCGCGGGAAAGCCUGAGGGUACCUGGCUACAAGGGCACCCUUCUGCCAUUAGAUAUCGCUGUGAAGACCAUCACAGCUGUGGAGAAUGAUCUGACCUAUGAAGGUGGUAUCAUGCAAAACCUCACCCGAUUGGGCUCGCCGCACAUAACCCGCUUGCUGGCCCCCCCAAAAGCUUUGAAUGCUCAAGAUAGGCGGCGGGAGGCUCUGGAUAAUACUUGGCACCAGAAAGUCCGUCGCCUCAUUAUGGAAUACUGUCCUCAGGGCUCGAUACUGACGCUCCUCCGGAGACGCAUUGCUCGGCAACUAACGCUAUGGAUGAUUUUCGAAUGUAUGGUGGACGGGAUUGGCGUGUUAGAUUAUGGUGCUGAGGUUGGAUAUGAUCCGGCCACCGGGCUGGCCGUCCUUCCUGCCUUUGAUGCGGCGAGACCUGUAGGGGUUCACUUCGACAUGAAGCCAGGCAAUAUCAUGGCGGGAAAUCGGACAGUCGCCCAUCCGGAGCUGCCGCUAUACAAAAUAGGAGAUUUUGGGACCUACACGUUGCAGGACAGGAUGCCGCCUCCGCUGGUACCUGCUGCGGACUGGGCAACCAACGAAGAGUUGCGCGCGAAGGGCACGGAUGGCUAUUAUGCACCGGUAGGUCCAGUCGACUCUGAGAAUCGUCUUUCCGAGGGGACUGAUUUGAAUCUCGCAUCUCAGGAGCAAUUCUCCGCGCGCUGGAACAACGCGGAUUACGCCGCGUCGCCUGUCUGCGGCCAGUACAGUAGCGCUACCAAUAUCGUUAAAUUGAUAUGCCUCGACUUCUGGCCGCCGGACCAUACCCAGCCAUUCAUGCCAGGCUUCAAUAUCCAGGGCGCCCCAGCCCAAGGGAUUCUCUACGGGGUUGGCCAGCCAAGGCCAUUAGGCCCGGCAGGCUCGCCGCCCCUGCCACCCCUUGUCCUGCAACAGCAGAGCUACUCGGCCCAGCUAAAAGACCUGGUUCAUGAAUGCCUGUACGAGAUUCCCGCUCAAAGGCCCACCCUCGCCACGUUGAAGCAGACCAUCGCGGCGCAGAUGGCGCUGCUGGUGGCAGGUGGUGCCACGGUAGACGAGUGGUUCGAUAUGGAGACUCCAGACCCUGCUGCUGUAGAUAUAUCAAAAGCAAUUGCAAGAGCUGCUGCCGGUGGGCCGCGAGUUGAGGGUAUUGCUGCAGGUCGGUCUCGUCGCCGACCGUCUCCGAAAGGAUAA